GUGUGCUGGAGCGGUCCCUUUCCAGCCACUGAGCUAUGUAACCGAGUGUACGUCUGCGAUACAAAAGCGUUCACGUGGAGAUGGAGACUUAAAAUUUUUGAACAGUGGCCGAACACGGAAGACGUCAAUCCUGGAGCCAAUGUUUCGACAAAGGAACUUGUCUUCGUCAUGGUAGUGUCUGCAGGGGCAGUAGUCGCCAAGCCUGGUCGCCAGAGGAAGGGGGGAGUUGGGGACUACUGUGCCCCCUCCCGUUUGUCCUCACCAUGACGCCAAACACUGCACAGGACAGACUCCUGGUAUCAAUGCCAAUUUUGCUACAAGAGAAAAAUCAGAUGCAAGAACUACUUGGCCGAUUCUGGUUUCUUCUAUGGGCGUGAGUAAAAUAGCCAGGCUGUCAAGGCCAUUCCUGGUCCUAGCGCUGCUACUGAGCGUGCUCAUGUGCUACUUUAUCGUAAGCGAACGGCGUUCGAUGUCAGGCACGUCGUAUUCGGAACCAACCAUGGAAGCCUGGACAGGCAGUGCACCCUCACAGAGGUUGGAGUUCUCCCGGAUCUUCUUCCUCGAGACCGGUGGCCACGGAUCCCUCACGGCACGCAUCGCCUGCGCGGUUGAAUCGGCGGCGAGGAUGCACCCUCACUGGACAGUCUACCUUCUGUCCGCGGCUAGUGGCGACGCGUCACAAGCAAACGUCACAUUCGCAGGACCUUUCGCUCAAAUGCUGAGGUCCAUUCCGAACGUCGUCAUGAACGUCGUCAGGCCAAACGAGGUGUUUCAGGAGACGCCCCUGGAGUCGUGGUACGAGUCUGGGAUCCUGAACAAGAGCGCCUACCCCGUCGAACACCUGGCCGAUGCUCUCAGGCUGGCGGUGUUGUACAAGCGAGGUGGCGUGUACCUCGACAUCGACGUCAUCGUGAUGCGUUCCCUGGACUCGCUGCCACCUUGCGUCAGCCAGUCGCCAGUGGAGAAUGGCGACAUGGUGAGCAACGGCUUCUUGGCCUUUCGCCGAGGUGAUCCGUUUCUGCUGUACCUGAUGCUACGCGCACGCGAGGUCUACAAGCCGGAAGAGUGGAACUCCAUUGGACCCCAGCUGCUGCGUCGGGUAACGCUGGCCCGAUGCGGGGUCCGAGAGGUGAAGGCGCUGCUCGGACGCCGAUGUGGCGGCGACACCGGCUUCACGGUGAUACCUCACUGGAUGUUCCUGCCAGUGCCUUACGACCGAUGGCAAUCGUUCUUCCUCGCCAAUGCUAGUCGUGAGGCGUGGCUCAUGUCCUCCGCGAGCUACGUCAUGCACGUCUACAACAAAAUGAGCUCGAAGGCGCCUGCAGUGCCUGGCUCCGCGUACAGGCAAGCGGCCGAGACCUACUGCCCAGACAGUUUACGGCUGUCGUUGCAAAUGCAGGACACCUUCUGACAUCGUCAUCCGGGAACUGGACUUUCGCGUUUUGUACGCGCCAAGGCUGCCGGCCCAUAGGAAAGCGGCCGAGGACUUCUGCCCAAGCAAUAGUUUUAUACAAACCUGCGGAAAAGUGGCUCUGCAAUCGCUCAACCACCAUAUAAAUGAUUGUUUGUUAUUUGUUUAUUAAUACAGCAACCCCCUCUUUAAGAAUUUUAGCAGGUUGGUUACGCCAAUGCAAUCAUAAGCCAAAUACGCCCAAAGGAAUAAACGAUAGAAGUUGCAAUAAGAAUGGCUAAUGACACCAUGCAUAACACAGCGCGUUAGAACUAGAAUUCGGUAAAAACGAUGUUAGUGCAACGUUGGCGCCAUAGCUGCUAUCAUCAGCCUAUUUAUAUGUCCACUGCAGGACGAAGGCCUCUACCAGUGAUCUGCAAUUACCCCGUCUUGCGCUAGCUGAUUCCAACUUGCGCCUGAAAGUUUCCUAAUUUCACCUCCCCACCUAAUUUUCUGCUGUCCUCUAAUGCGCUUCCCUUCCCUCGGCGCACAUUCUGUAACCCUAAUAUGGCCCACCAGUUAUCUUCCCCACGCAUUACAUGGCCUGCCCAGCUCGCUUUUUUAGAGCGCAGCUCUUAAUGGGCCGUUCCUGCGGUGAACGCCGGCGGCGGCGUAACUGAGCGAACGAGCACAACAGCGAAAGAUGAAAGACGCGAGCCGCGAAUGGCGGAGACCAGAGCGGCCGACAACAUGACUACGAAAAGAAUAGGACCAUAGUACGAUAUCUGAUGGGAGCAACGUUUUGUCCUAGUUUUGGUAGAUUAAUCUUCGACAAAUUUUCAGUUAUCGAUGUGCGGCCGAAACUAUUAAAAUCAACGUGAGUCGCCUUUUAUUGCUCACUUUCUAGUUUGCUGAUAUUUGCUUUAGUGUAAGGAUUCCAAAUAACAGGGGCGUAUUUAGUAUUGCUAGUAUCACUGACUUGUAUGACAGCAGAUGAACUUGAAUUGUGGACAGCUUCAGGGUUCUCCUGAGAAUAUGUGGUGCACAGUAUGCACUGUUUUCUAUACGUUGAAUAUGUUUAUUCCAAUUAAGGUUAUUGCUGAUUAAACCACCUGAAUGUUUAAACUCUGUGAUUUCAGAGAAAUACACAUCGUUGGCCGCAUAAGUAAAAGUAGGAGCAUUCUUCAUUUUGGUAAUUCUAAGGACACCAUUUUGUUAAACUUGAGUCACAUUUACCAGAAUUCGCACCAUGCACAAGUUUUUUUUGGAAUGCCUGUUUUAGCUGCACUUGGUCACAGACAGACAGACAAAGAACUUUAUUGAUGGUCCUGAGAAGCUCCGUUGCCCCCUCUCAGAGAGGCGACGAAGCCGCGGGCCGCACCCACGUCGGGACGGGGAGACCGAGCUCCAGCGCCGCAUCGUGGGCUCUCUGGACAGCCCAACAUUGGCGUGACUGGUCGGAGCUCCGAAGAGCAGAGCUUCACUCCUCUGCAGUACAUCGAUGCGGGCCCCUCUGUAACGAGGGGCAUCCCCAGAGCACGUGGUCUAAAGUACUACGUUGUCCGCAGCUAGGGCAGUCUGGACUAAAGCAGUCUGAAUUGAUGUAUGUGAAAUAAAUUCAGGUUGGGAUAUGAUCCCGUCUGAAGCAUGCGUAGUGUGACAGCUUGAGGUCUGGUUAGUAUGCCGUGUGGGGGAGGGUAUACUCUCCUACCAAGGUAGUAGUGUUUGGUAACCUCGUUAAAGGUGGAGAGAGUGUCACGGAACUCGACGAGCCUAGAAUCGACGGAGCCUCGACUCGCAGUGGCGUCAGCGCGGAGGGUUAGUUCGCGCGCUUGGACGGGUACGAUGUCAUUGAGGUAGGGGAGGGAGUCGAGUUGGGGUUUGAGAUGCACCGGGAACCACGUGGUUGUAUGUGGCUAGAUGAUUUUGCCUUUGUAAAUUCGAUGAGCUUCCUCGGCGAUGGUACGAGAGGCAAAUGCCCGAACCGCCGCCCUCGAGUCAGUAAAUAUUUCAGCUCUCUCCUCGUCGAGAAGUGCCAGAUCGAUCGCAGCCUGCUCUGCCCUAGUCGGGGUGCUGUCUCUGAUGGAGGCCGCACAAGUGACGUGUCCGUCGUGAUUAACUACCGUUGCGACGAAGUCCGAUGUAUGCCCGUACUGGGCCGCUUCAACGAAAGUGACCGUGUGAGGCGAGGCUUUUAUCCUCCGGAGCAAUGAC